AUGGAGGCAGCAAUUCACGCCCUAACAAGCCAAAUAUUCGACGAGAUAUUCGCGCUUUUCGGGGUUAAGAAGAGUGAGCGAAUAGACCCACUCAUCACCGAGCUGUCCGGUAUAGGUGAAUGGCGCAAAGAGGACUUUGCCAGAUGUGAAGGGUCUAUGCGUACCCACUCGGAAGAAGAGAAGGCACAAAGCGACUUUGAAUGGUACGAACAUCCACGGUUGGUGAAUGAAAUCCCAAAGAUGCGCGGCGACGGCACCAACGGCAAAAGACGAAUAUCGGACGAAGCAGCUGGGACAAAGGGCAAUCUUGGGAAUCGCUUACAAGAGGAUGAGGAGGCUGCGGAAGCCAACGAAGAAUACAAUAAUCGGGCGAUUACUGCUACGUCCGAUAAUCUACCCGCAAACGAAGUUACUGUCUCAGCAUCAUCCCAGGUCGAGGCAGAAUCCCAACUGUUAUCUGAAAACCCUUUAGCUACAUCGGCAAACGUGAAGGGCCCGGGCGAUCCUUCUUCAGAGGUGGCUCUCGUUAGCCGCCUUCCGCCAUGGUUGGAUUCUGGCUAUGCAUCAAAGGUAGUGGCAACAGUAUUAGUGAACUGCGUCAGGCUGAAUUCUACGAUUGGGCUACACGGCCAUCAGACAUGGAAGGGCUUGUUAAGCACGGAUCCUUCCUGGCUCCAGAACUAUGCCGAGUCCAUAUCUACGCUUGAGUAUUGCAAAGCGGUCCGGGCAAUAAAAAGAGAUAAUGCGGUCGCGAUAGGCUGGAAUCUCCAGUCUCGAUUCAACGAAACAGUAUAUUGGGAUAUAAUUUUAAAGGGCGCAAAACGCAUAGAUGUGGCUACGUUGCCAAGAGCGAGAGGACCGGAUGAUGGGUUUACCUCCGCUGAGAAAGCUGCAACCAAGAGACUGAUGGAAGAUCUCGGGUAUGGGCUAAGUCCCGAAAGUCAGCGACAGCACUGCAAGUUGUGGAAAGGUCUAUUCGACAUGCGACAGGCGGGUAUCAACAAAUUCCUCAUUUAUUGCACGCAAGAAUUCGACAGUUACUGUAAGACCUAUCCUCAGAGCUCGGAAACCUCUCUGAUUGAUACAGUCGCGAAGUGGGAAAAGGCAUAUGGAUCAUAUAUUGAGCAACUAGAAUAUCUAGUCUCACACUACAUGAAGGGUGACGUUGCGCGCAAAUCAUAUGUGCGAUUUCCUCCCGUGGCUGCAAGACUCACCGUCCCAGGACAAUCGUGGAAUGAUGCCGGCAAUGCAUGGUUCUCCGCUGAUGAAGAAUCGAGCUUCACGCCGGAGAACGGAGCUAUAGCGGUCCCGCCCGACAACCUUGGUGUUGCAUUCGGCGGUAGGUCACUUUUCCAAGACGAGAGAGACAAGUCUAUCUUCAUGCUUCUUGCACCCAGAGAUGAUGAUCAACUCCUUUCUGUGCGCUCUCUCAUUCCAGUGUAUGAAGGUGACUUUCUUGGGGUGUUUUUGGGGACAAUCCGGAGUAAACCGGAUUUUGGGCCGAAGUGGGGAGUCCCGGGUCCUCAAGAAAAUCUCUGGCUGGAUUAUUCUCAGGUCACUGGGACCCUAAACCAGAUGCGAGAUUCGCGAAUAGGUGGCCUCGCUAACGUUCGACUUCACUGGGAGCUGUUCAGCGACCAGGAUGUAUCGCAGCCACGCUUGUUGUGGAGGGUUUCAGUUAAGGCACUGAAGGCCAUUGGGCCCAUGGAAGAGCUUAUCAGAGAAGCCCCUCACGAGGACCAAUAUCUUCUGCAUCAGUCAGCAGAUUAUGCACAGUGGUGGUUCAUUAAUAGAGCGCUAUAG